AUGGAUUAAAGAGAAUCAUAACAGAACGUUUUAAAGCCAGAGCAUCCAGUAUUUAACACUCUUUCUGAAUCUAGCUUACCACCUUUGCAAGCCUAUUACUACAAUAACCCAGCCAAGGAUAGAAAGGUUUUUGAUGGUUGGAAUAAUCUUAGUGAUUUCGAGAUUCUCUCGCUAUAAAAAUUGAGAGAUGCAAUAGAUAAUGAUCCUAGAAUGAAGGACAUUGUUCCAAGUAAUUUCCCAGAAAGAGAUUACCUGAGAUUUGUUCAAGCCUACAAAUUCGACAUCAAGAAAACGGUUAGCGCAUUACAAGCACAUUUUACAUGGAGAAUUAGUUAUUUACCUUGCAAACUAACCUAAAAUGCUAUUAAACUCAUUUAACAAAUAUAAAGAUAGCCUGAAGUGGCAACAAUAGAAAAUUUAUAACGAGCUUUAAUAUUUAUGAUGGAAUAUGCUAAAGAACAUAUGUAUCUACCAGGUCAUGUGGAGAAUUGGAAUAUCAUUCAUAACGUAAAUGGAUUGAGUAUCGGUGAUCUACCAAGAAAAGAGUUGACUGGAGUAAUGCAGGCAGUCACUGAUAAUUACAUGUAUGUACUCCACAAAGCUUGGGCGGUCAACUGCACAAAAUUUUAAGUUAUGUGUUGGAAGGUAUUCGAGGUAUUUGUGGACAAGGAGACAGCUGAGAAAAUUCAAUUCUUCAGAGAGGGGAAUCCAGCAGACAUAGUCUAAUCUUUCCACCCAAGUCAGCUUGAGAAGAGAUUCGGAGGACAAGCAGAAUCCCCAAAAGUUUUCUGGCCACCGCACUUUACUUCUAAUGAAUUCGGGGAAGAUCCUACUACACAAUUCACUCCAGAAGAGAGAUAAAAGAUAGAGGAAGAAAACCCUGAUCUAGUUAGAAUUCCAAGUAGACUAUUGGAAUAGAAUAAAACUCCUUAGAAAUUGACAACGAUGAUGGAUGAUAAUGGAUCAGAUGUUGGAGAUGAACAUUUAAAUAGUGUUGGAAAGAGAUAGAAUAUAAAUUGUACCUCAUUCAAGAUAGAUGUGGAUACUAGAAAAGACAAUAAUAAUGAUAGAAAUCAGACAGAAUCACAAGGGGCAAACUUGAAUGAUAUUCGACUAAGCUUCAAAGAAUUUAAUACUAGAAUUCCACAAGGAUCGUAUCAUAUCCUACAUCUGAAUCCUGCUAUGGUAUCGGUUCACUCAUCUAAAGUAUUUAAAGUUGAUGAGCUUCUCGGAGUAAGACAAUAGAACUCAUAAGAGACCCCUUAAAAUUCCAGUAGUAAUAGAAGUGGGGUAGACCCUACUCCCAGGGAAAGAUUCAGAAAAAAUCUUCCGCCCAUUAGAGCUUAAACCAUGGGUGAAGAUCUUAAGUAAUAAGAAAUGAGAUUAUUCUAAUAGAAGCCAAUUACAUUAAUCAAUGAUUCAGCCAAGAAAAUAACUGUUAUUGAAGAGGAAAAGAUUAAAAUAGAUAGCACUUAAACAACAAACGAAAUUGCAAAUAGCAGUGAAAUAAACCCCAGAAGUAAGGGAAUAUAAUCUGGCGAGAAAAAGCAAGGAAAUGCCGCUUGCUGCUGUCUAAUAUUUUGA